AUGGCAUCAACAUCACAGCCUCAGCGAGAUAAAACAACAAGUAAAAAGAUAUUUUGGGCAGUGUUUCCUCAUGCCUGCUUCAUUCUGUCUCUUGUCAUCUAUGCUUUUCUUGGGGCUCUCAUGUUUCACUACAUUGAAGGUAAGGAGCUCCCUUUAAGUGAAGAAUAYAGAUAUAGAAUAUUUCUGCAGAACCUGACGGACCUCGCCAGAAACUUCUCAGAUAACGCCACAGAAAAUGGGAAGAGGUUUAAGGAUGACAUCCAUAAGCUUUUCAACACAGCUGACCCAGCCUGGUUUGUCAAYCCAGAAGAAAGAUGGAGUUUCUUUGGGUCUCUGUUUUUUUGCUGCACAGUAUUCACCACUGUGGGCUAUGGUAACACCUACCCUGUGACACGGCUUGGGAAGUAUGUCUGUAUUUUCUAUGCUUUAUUUGGGAUCCCUCUGAUGUUCUUGGUCCUGACAGACGUGGGAGACAUCCUUGCAGCCGUCUUAUCCAAAUCUUACAAUGAGUUCAGUAAACUGCAGUCCAGAAUUCUGGCCUCUAAACUCUGCUCUGGGUCCACAUGCAGCAAAAGGAAYGAACUGAAAUCCAGGGCACAGUCUAAAAUAGUCAUCAAUGAGCCCCCAACCAUCAUGGAACUGCUGAGGAGUCAGUCAGGUAUGAAAGGGAGGUCGGUCAAAUAUCGCAAUGUGGAACUUUUUGAAAUGUUAAUUGCCAGGGAGAAGGAAAACAGGCAACUAGUAAGAAAUAAAAGCAUGGAGAGAUGGAGUUCAUGUCCUGAACUAGCCAGGGAGAAGACAGUGUCCAGAGUAAUUGAGAAUUUCGACAAAAUAGGGAAAGAGCUGGAAAAACUAGAUGUGCCCAUUUUAUUAAUGGUGGUYGUUAUCUUCCUGUACAUCUCCUGUGCAGCUGCUCUUCUUCCAAACUGGGAAACCAAUAUGGAUUUUGAGGAAGCCUUUUAUUUCUGCUUUAUCACUCUGACCACUAUUGGAUUUGGAGAUACACAACUGGAACAUCCCAAGUUUUUCAUGUUUUUUUCCCUCUAUAUUUUGAUUGGCAUGGAAAUUGUCUUCAUUGCUUUUAAGCUGGGCCAAGACCGCUUAAUUGUUCUGUAUAAAAAGGUGAUUUCAUUUUGUGCAGAUAAAAAUGUGCCGUCAAAGAAGAUAUAUCCAAAAUAA